AUGACUGAAGAACUCAAAACCUCUGUUACUUUCCUCCCCCUUGUAGACCUUAGAUUUAGAGAAACAGCCACAACUGGCCAUACAUGGUUAAUGAGCUCUUUGAAUGACACAUUCGAGGAAAAUGAGACAGAACACUUGUAUUUCCCUUCCAAAGCAUCCAAAGGAUGCCUUCUUUGCUUUAAAGGAAGGGAUACUAGGGAUGGUACAAAGAAUUCAUAUGCUUUGGCAUGGCGAGGAAGUCUUCCAGACUCUGCUAUUUUAUUGGAAGGCCUAACAUUUGUUUCGGACACAUACUACAACCAUGAAAAUCUGUGGCAUGGAAUAUGUGCAAUGACUCCUCUUGUAAGAUGGUCAAUGAAAAAUGAGUGCUUGAAGCCCACAAGAUGGGUGCUAUUCCACUGGGGAGAACUGAGAUUAAGAAUGGGAUCAUGGCUUCAACAACUUAUGCAAGUUAGUUUUGGUGAAGUCAAGGUGGAAGGAUUUGAUAGAGGAGAUGUACCUUACUGUUUUGAGAAAGCCAUUGUCAUGAGGCAUGAUCUAGGCCAAAUUACACGGGAGAACAAGCUUAAGGAAUGUGCCCGAGUUGAAGGCUGCAUUCUGCACAUAGUUCAGUCAGAAGAUUUAUCUUUCUGCGACCAGGUGAAAGUGCUGGCCAACACUGACAUUGUUGCAUCUCCACACGGAGCACAAUUAACAAAUAUGUGGCUACAUGGCCAACUGGUUCUAAAUGACGAGCAAUUUUGA